AUGUCUCGAGCCACGCCAGACGACCAGUUGAGGUUCCUCUUGAGCUGCGUCAAACAUGCCACGCACGGAAGGGUCGAUUUCAUGGAGGUUGCCAAAGAGUGUGGAGUGAUCAGCAAAGGAGCGGCAGCCAAACGAUACGAGAGGCUCGCGAAGGCCAAUGGAGUCAGCUCUACCAGUGCUUCAGCAACCAGCCCGGUCUCGAAACCAACACAGCCAAAGCAAAAGGCGAGGCAUCCGGAAGAGAAGCCUUCGGCGUCAAAGAAGCAGAAACUGGAGAGACACAGCCCUGCCCCUUCUCGGAGGUCGAAGAGAGUCGACGAAAGCUCCAGGCCAGCAACGAUGACCAUCACGGAUCCACGAGGUGAUGAUUCUGAACCCACACCGGCAAAGGCAGAAGUAUUCAAUCGAUCUCUCCGACCAAACCCUUCCGGUCCAACUGGUGUGCCACAGAUGAUUCUUCCGACAUCCCUAUUUGUUCCCAGCAGUCCUGUACUCCAAGGUGGUCCAUAUUUGGCACGGCAACGACCUCCCUUUGCUGGAUUCCCGGCGGUCCCAUGUGGCACUGGUCACCAGUUGGUACCGGAUGUACCUAGCUAUCCUCCUUUUCCGCCUGCGUUCAGGGAGGCUUGGCCAUUCACAAGCGAGGGAAGUGGCGGUUCCAUCAAUGGCUUCGAGAUAUACAGCAACCAAGACUAUCUCAACCCAAAAAGUCAGAUCACUCAGCCUCCUUUUCCAGUCGAAGCAGUGCCGACUAACGGCACUUGGUCCUUUGCAGAAGACAAGAUGCCUGCCAAAAACCGCCCUGCAAAGCGUGUGCUCAAUCGUUGGAGUGAUGAUCUCGACAAGGGAGUCCUGCUUUGUGUUCAGUAUGCGUGUGCAGAAGCUGGCCUGAAGAUUCCAUGGAGUCGUGUUGCGACUCUCAUGGGUCCCACCUUCACUGAAGGCUCCAUCGUUCAACACCUUGCAAAGCUUCGAAACCUCAUGGCCCAUCAUGGUAUUCCUGUGCCACCAGCUGUGAAGCGUGGGAUGGUCACAAAAGAACUAUCAAAGAUCUACACCAACGCAGGCAACAAGGUCAAGCUCGAGGUAAUCCCUCCAAUGUUUCCCGCGGUGGACGCGGACGACCAAGACGAAGGUGAAGAGAAGGGAUCCAUCUAUGACAAAGCCAAGCGUGCUCGUAAGAAGGAGGCUCCCAAAGAGAAAGAUGUGCCGGUGAAGAAGGAACCGAAAUCCAAAGGAAAGGGAAAAGGGAAAGCCAAAGGUCGUCGUCACCAGUCAAGUGACGAAGAAGAUAACGAACCUGUUCCAGAUCUGUAUGAUUCCGAUGAGGAGUAUCCUACACCUAAGAAGCGCCGCAACGACAAGACCAAGGCGAAGAAGGUUGCUGAAGCUUCCGCAGCUCUCGAUGAAGCCAAAUCUCCCACCCCCUCGUCGGUCGAAGCAACAAUUGUUGAUAACCACAAGGCUAUCAAGCAGGAGGAAGAGGAACUCGUUGGCUCUACUCGUCGCAUUCGUGGAAUCAAGCGUGACUAUGCUAUCAUGGCCGCACCUUCCGACGAUGAAGCUGGUGUUGACGAGGAAGUCCCGGAAUAUUUAUACGAAGAGGCUGAAGGCAGCUAUGGUAGUAUUGACGUUGAUGAAGACGAUGGUGGCAGUGAUGACACGGAUGAAGCGUCUAGCGAAGCGUCAACCAUCAUCCUCGGUGGUCAGCAAGUAGACUCUCACAUUCUUGGUCAGCAGAAUGUGGCUGGUCUCCCAUAUGGCCAGAUCAUCUCCACCACUACGGCUCCUUUCACCCACCUCAAUACCUCGAAUGCCGGAACAUACGGUCAUCAUGGUCACAUUGGUGUCGGCCUCAUCCAUAACCCAUACUCGGUUCCUGGGCUCGGAUAUUCCGGUGCCACGUUUUUGAACCCAGUGCCACAAGCGUAUCCAGCAUCGCAGUUCCAGAGCGUGAGCAUGUACGGUUCGUCCACGGAUUCAUCCCGCAACAAUUCGAUUGCUGCUGGCAUGAUGUUCACGACUCUUCCAUCGAUGUCUGACAACGAGUUCUUGACCCCGCAUACCGGCUUCGGACAUGGUAAUACCGGCGAUGUGAUCAACGAGGAGGACAUGAUGAACAGCACGGCAAACGAUGAUAUCUUCUGGAACGCUAGUGACUAUCUGGUCGAUGAUGCUUAG